UCCAUGUCUAUCACUUUACCGCGUUUAGCGUUUGUCAACAAACAUGGCGUAUUCUGAGUGCUAAAAAAAGUUGUUAAUGUUUUAACAGAUGGAUUAUUACUUUUAACUUCAUAAGUUAAACAUUUUAAAAGAGUUAAUGGAAAAGCUUCCAGUUGGACAAUAUAGAACUCAUGAUCCACCAGUAAACUUUGCAAUCAAAAUUACAUAUUGGAAAGUGACAGCCAGCAAUGAAAUUCCUUCUGCAAUAAUUCCAACAAAAGUUGGAUUUGAUCGCAAUGCUUUUGAAAUGGUGGAAAGAAAUAAGAAAGAAAAGGAAAAAAAGGAAAUAGUCAUUUUUUGGCAAGAGAAACUUUUUAGUCAAGAAGAGUUUGAUUAUUAUUCAGAUGCUUUAAAUUGCAACACAGCAUUAGAACAAAAGUACCAUGAAGAUAUUGAAACUAUAAAAAGGCUACAUGGUGAGCGCCCAAACAAAAAGGUUUUUACAUACACUGAUAGUGAUUCAUUCACAGCAUUUGAAGAGCACAUUAGCUUGACAGAUGGACCAGAGAUUCAACCAAACAUUCUUACUCAACAUAUGGAAAAAGUUUCUGCUAAAAACUAUUCUAAGUCAUUUGUUUCAAAUGUACGAAGAAGAAAUAUUAUAGUAAAUAAACCAACAGAAGUAAACAGAGUAAAUCACGUCACUAACAUACCUAGUAAAUGCAUGUAUAUCAUGUUAGACCUUGGUAGAACAGAUGAAGUGAAUGGAUUUUUUAUCAAAGAUGAAAGAGUCUUAUGCAAAAUAAAGAUUGAUGUCAAUGGGUUUAUUAUGAUCAAGCCAGAUUUAGAUACUGGAAAGGUGUUUACAAUUGAAACAUAUAAAGAAAGUCGUGAGCACUACCAGUAUACUAUUCAUCACGCUUCAAACCCUAUAAAUAAGCUUGAACAACAGCAGGAGGAUAGUUUGUUCGAUGAGUUAUUUAUUCGACAGUCUCAACUUUUAGCUCGACAAGUAGGGGAUAAUUUCUUUCCCAUGCCAAGUUCAAAUAAUCUUUUUGUUUAUUUUUUGUGUGAAAUUGUUUCUGCUUGUUGUUUUGAGUAUGAAAAACUGUAUGUAAAAUAUCUUCUUGAUCUGCCAGAUGGUUGGCGCUGUGACUCCCAAAACUGCGUUGGAGUAACACAGAGCUGCAAAGUUAAUGAAGAAGGAAUAGCUCAUUUUUGUUUUCCUUUUGAUUUUCAACUACUUUAUACAUGGGAUCAAGAUAAUCCAGAGGAAUUUGUUAAAUGGCCCACAUUAUUUUUGCAAGUGUUUUCAGUAGACUCUUGGCAACGACACAGAAUUGAAGGGUAUGGGUAUUGCAGUGUUCCUGAUGUUGCUGGAACCACCUGCAUAACAAUUAAAAUGUGGAGGCCAAAAGGAGAUAAUUUGUUUGCUGAAAUGAACCGAUUUUUUAUUGGUGCUUCUCCUGAAAUAAAAGACUUAUCAUACGUAAAAGACCCCGGAGAGAGUGAUCGACUCAGCAAAUUCUACUUUAAAACCUUAUCAACUGGAAAUGUUGUUUUGAAAAUAAACUCAAUGUUUCAGACUGAUGUUCCUGAAGAAAUGCAUAUGGGAGGGAGAAAAUUUGCAUCCAAAUGGAAAAAAGCAUUUAAAACAAUAAGUGCGUUUGCUUCAACUUCCGAUUCUUUGGCGAAAGUUUUAGAUGCCUUUAACCAAGCACGAAAAAGAAUGUUACUUGUUCGGUCUACUUUGCCUUCAAUAUAAAACUCAAGUUUUUCUAUUCAUAUACAACUUGAGUAUUUAAGUUACAAUGUGUUAACAUCCAAACCUUAAAGCUGUUUAAAUGGUUAAACACUAUUUGACAUAGUGUUUGACCGUAGUAUGCCAAAAAAGAACGAUAACAACGCAAUUUUUGCUCCUAAAAUAAGCUAAAUAGAAGUUGAUUAUAAAAGUGUUACUCUUUAAAAAUAAAUUUAUUUAAAAAAUCGA